UGCAGCCCAGCCAGUGACCUAUGCUGAUGAGCCGUGACUCACAGGUCACGGUCACGCAAACACCACAUCUCGUUCCCGCCUGGAGUGCCCGCCCACUGCUGAUCUGUGCUGCUUCCUCCAUUCAUUCUCGGCUCUCCUCACUGCUCCCACCACUGACGGUGAAAGAUUUAACAGUCACAGGUUACCCUGGCGGCUGCCAUGACUCCUUCAUCCUCAGUCAGUCAUCUCUCUUUGAUAAAUUUGAGGACGGACAAAUGCCUGAUGGCUGGCUGCUGGGUGAUGGGGGUUAUGGCUGCUACUCUUGGCUACUGACUCCAUUGUCCCAACCUGAUUCUCCUGCUGAACACAGUUACAAUCAUGCACAUAAGGCUACGCGGAAUGUGAUAGAAAGAUGUUUUGGUGUGCUGAAAUCUCGGUUUCGGUGUCUGGAUAAAUCUGGUGGCCUUUUGUUGUAUAGUCCCUCCAAGGUGACUAGGAUUGUGUUCUGCUGCUGUUUUCUACAUAAUCUGUGUUUGAAUCAACAUCUGGCACAUGAUGAUGUAGAAAACAGUCAGCAAGCAGAGGAGUUAGAAACAUCUGGUGACAGUGUGAGUACAGAUGUAGGGAGGCAGGUAAGGCAAGAAGUGAUUCAGCGGUAUUUUGCUGAUAACUGAGGUGAUCGGGGCUCAUCACUUUGGGGACUAGCCAAUAGUGCCUGUGGUGGCUGGGACAAGACUGCAGAGAUGCGCCGCCUGGGUGGGGAAGAUGGAUCCGCUGAUUCCAAAUCAACAUGGCGCGUCUUACUUGGCCUCCUCGAAUAUGUGACUACAGUGAAUUCUUACCUGCAAUCCCAGCACCCACAUCAGUUGGCAGUGGCCUGUCUGGAGCGCUGGUCUGGCGUACUGUUGAAAAAUUGAAACAAACAUUAUGACCAUACUUUGAAAAAACAUUGUUAACUGCAAAACCUUAGUGUACUGUAACCAUUUUGAACGUAAUGUAAAGUAAACUAAUUUCU